GGGCGCGGGCCAUGGCGGGCUGCUGCGCCGUGCUGCGGGCCUUCCUGUUCGAGUACGACACGCCGCGCAUCGUGCUCAUCCGCAGCCGUAAAGUGGGGCUCAUGAACCGCGUCGUGCAGCUGCUCAUCCUGGCCUACGUCAUCGGGUGGGUGUUUGUGUGGGAAAAGGGGUACCAGGAGACGGACUCUGUGGUGAGCUCAGUUACAACCAAGGCCAAAGGUGUGGCCGUGACCAACACUUCCAAACUUGGAUACCGAAUCUGGGAUGUGGCCGACUAUGUGAUUCCAGCUCAGGAAGAGAACUCCAUCUUCAUCAUGACCAACAUGAUCGUCACCCUCAACCAGACACAGAGCACCUGUCCAGAGAUUCCUGAUAAGACCACCAUAUGCCAUUCAGACUCCAACUGCAGUGCCAACUCUGCAGACACCCACAGCAACGGAGUCAAAACUGGAAAAUGCGUGCCAUUCAACGAGACUGUGAAGACCUGUGAGGUGGCAGCAUGGUGCCCAGUGGAGAAUGAUGCUGUUGUGCCAAAACCUGCUUUUUUAAAGGCUGCAGAAAACUUCACUCUGUUGGUGAAAAACAACAUCUGGUACCCCAAAUUUAAUUUCAGCAAGAGAAAUAUCCUUCCCAACAUCACCACCACCUACCUCAAGUCAUGCAUUUAUGACGCUCGAACGGAUCCCUUCUGUCCUAUAUUCCGUCUUGGCAAAAUCGUGGAGAAUGCAGGACACAGCUUCCAGGACAUGGCCAUCGAGGGAGGCAUCAUGGGUAUCCAGGUCAACUGGGACUGCAACCUGGACAGAGCUGCCUCCCUCUGCCUGCCCAGGUAUUCCUUCCGGCGCCUCGACACCCGGGACCUCGACCACAAUGUGUCUCCUGGCUACAAUUUCAGGUUUGCCAAGUACUUCAGGGACCACACUGGCAAUGAGCAGCGCACACUCAUCAAGGCGUAUGGCAUCCGCUUUGAUAUCAUCGUAUUUGGAAAGGCUGGGAAAUUUGACAUCAUCCCUACCAUGAUCAACAUUGGCUCUGGCUUGGCACUAUUGGGGGUGGCAACGGUGCUUUGUGAUGUCAUAGUCCUCUACUGCAUGAAGAAAAGAUACUACUAUCGGGAGAAGAAAUAUAAAUAUGUUGAAGACUAUGAGCAGGGUCUUGCUGGGGAGAUGGACCAGUGAUGCUUACUCUACACCGGGACUCUCCAUGGCCUUCACCCAAGCAUAGUGAGAAGGGAGAAAUAGCUGCUGUGUCACCCCAGAGAAGGUUCCAGAUUCAAAUUCAGUCUCCACUCCACAAGUACUCAGGGUUGCCCAGCAAUUCUUGUGCUGUGUUGGUCUUUAUUUUUUUUUAUUUUGAGACCAUGCAGGCCAGGCUGGCCUCCAACUUGAGAUCUUCCCCCUGACUUCUGGGAUUCCAGAUGUUCACUAUGACACCUGUCUCCUAUGGGGUUCGUUUGUUUUUGCCUUUUGAGACAGCGUCUCAGUCUAUGUCCAGACUGGCAUUAAACUCAAGGCAUUCCGCCCGCCUCAGCCUCCAUGCCCAUUUUCUAAUUUUAUUUUUGUGUACAGUUCACUCAGCCACUCCUUAUGGAUCCCUGCUCUACUGCUGGCUAGGUCCCUCUGUUGUCGCCACAACACAGGAGGGUUGGGGCUAGCAACCAGCCCAAGGUCAGCAGUGCUGCUCUGGCCUACGGGACUGGCAUUUUCUCCCAAAACUUCCAGAAAUGGCUUUUCUUAGAAGCUCAUCUUCAAGUCUUCCUGGACAGGUCUGAAGCACAGCAAACCGUUCAAGCACUUUACAAAGGAAGUCCUUCCCCGUGUUGUCACCGGGCCAUUAUCAGGUCUAGGCUUCAUCGGGUCCUGUCUUUGCACUCACUAGGUGUUUUCCCUUUGAGAACAGCUAUGGCAAGAUGAUUGGGGACCAAACAUUAAAACAAAUGACUUUUUUAAAACCCUU